AAAAAUAUGAUGAAUAAUCAUGUAUAAAAUGAUAUAGUAUAGAACAAUAAUAUAUACGAUAUUAUCCCCGAGGGAUUUUGAAUCGUAAUAAUUUACAGAAAAUGUACUGAAAAUAAAAUUGUUAUCAGAACAUUAUUACACACUGCAUUGUGACCAAAGGAUGGUUUAAUAAUUAAGUUUAUGAUUGAAUGAGAUUUGAAGGAAAUAAAUUAAGGUAAAAAUCUAAAGUCAAUCAUGAUAAUAAUAACUAAUAUGUUUUUAAUCAUGUUUUCUAGAAAUAGAAAACUCACGGAGUAGUUUUAAUAUAUAUAGAUAAAAGGACAACAACAUAAAUAGUUUACAGAAAUAUAUUAUUUUUUCUGUUACUCAGAGAUACAUUCUUUUCCCAAGCAGAGAGAAGAAGGAAGUAAAAGAAAGUCGCGUGUUGUUUUCUCCAUAACUCAGCUCCCACUUCUUAUCUUCUUCUCUCUUCAAUCAUUUCAAAGGAUUUUUGCUGUGUGUUUGGAACUUUGGAUGGUGACGGAAGGAAUGCGUGUUGGGAAAUACGAGCUUGGGAGAACGCUUGGUGAAGGGAACUCUGCAAAAGUCAAACUCGCUACGGAUAUUGUUUCUGGCCAAUCGUUUGCCGUCAAAAUCAUCGACAAGUCUCGUACCAGUCGCCUCAAUGUCCCUUUUCAGAUUAAGAGAGAGAUACGCACACUCAAAGUUUUGAAGCAUCCAAACAUUGUCAGAUUGCAUGAGGUCUUGGCUAGCAAAACCAAGAUCUACAUGGUCCUUGAAUGUGUCACUGGAGGAGACUUAUUUGACAGAAUUGUGUCCAAAGGAAAGCUUUCGGAAACUGAAGGAAGAAAAAUGUUUCAGCAGUUGAUUGAUGGAAUAAGCUAUUGUCAUAACAAGGGCAUUUUCCACAGAGAUCUCAAGCUAGAGAAUGUUCUUCUUGAUGCAAAUGGGCACAUUAAGAUCACUGAUUUUGGCCUUAGUGCUGUGUCUCAGCAUUUUAGGGAAGAUGGAUUGCUACAUACAACCUGUGGUAGUCCUAACUACGUCGCGCCUGAGGUUCUAGCUAACAAGGGCUAUGAUGGUGCAGCAUCAGAUAUAUGGUCAUGUGGAGUAAUUUUGUAUGUUAUUCUUACUGGUUGUCUCCCUUUUGAUGAUACAAACCUCGCCGUUCUCUGCCGGAAGAUAUUCAAAGGCGACCCUCCAAUACCUAGAUGGUUAUCAUCGGGUGCUAAAACCAUGAUCAAGAGAAUGCUCGAUCCAAAUCCAGUCACAAGGAUCACAGUUACAGGUAUUAACGGAAAUGAUUGGUUCAGACACGACUACUCUCCUUCCAGUUGUGAUGAUGAAGAUAGUUCAUCCUCAUCCCAAGAAGAUGUAUCAGAAGAAGAGAAGAGCCAUGAUUCACCAACCAUCAUGAACGCCUUUCAGCUGAUCGCAAUGUCACCGUUUCUUGACCUCUCCGGUUUGUUUGAGACAGAGACUGUAUCAGAGAGGCAGAUAAGGUUCAUGUCAAAUAGGUUAGCCACUGAUGUUAUGGAGAAAAUAAAAACAAUCCUCAUGGAGAUGGGUUUCUGCGUACAGAAGAAACACACAAUGUUAAAAGCAAUCCGAGAAGAGAGUACUCGAAAAGGGCAAGGCGGGUUAUCACUAACGGCGGAGGUAUUCAAGAUGAUCCCAUCGCUGAAUAUGAUUGAACUAAGAAAAUCACAUGGCGAUUCAUCUCUAUAUAAACAGUUGUGCGAGAGAUUACUAAACGAAUUUGACGCAUCAUCCCAAAGAUGAAGAACAAAGGGUUGCUGCAAAUCAGACAAAACCGCAUCAUCUCCUCACUGCUUAACACACACACAGAAAAGAAAGACGAAAGCUUAAAAAGGAGUACUACAAUAUUACUCUCUCUUUUUUUUUUUGUCACAAAUACUACAAUAUUACUCUAAAGUCGUAUUAGUUAGAUGAUCUUA